AUUUCUCACCUCUUGGACGAGUAUAGAGACGUCUUCGAGGCUCCCACCGGAACGGUCUCGGAUCGGCCCAUACGUCACGGGAUCACUCUCGAGGCUGGCGCCGUCCCUCCGCGUGGAUGUAUCUACCGCAUGAGCGAAGAGGAACUCGAGGUGCUUCGCGCACAACUCAAUGACCUUCUCGACAAGGGCUGGAUUCGCCCUAGUUGCUCGCCAUAUGGUGCCCCUGUUCUCUUCGUCCGGAAGAAGAACAAAGACCUACGGUUAUGCAUCGAUUAUCGGAAACUUAACGCACAAAACAUAAAGAACGUCGGCCCUCUCCCUCGGAUUGAUGAUCUUUUUGAGCGGUUAGGCGGCGCGACGUACUUCUCGAAGUUGGACUUGAAGUCAUGUUACCACCAGAUUGAAAUCCAGCCUCAAGACCGGUACAAGACCGCGUUCAAGACGCGGUAUGGGCAUUUUGAGUGGGUUGUCAUGCCUUUUGGCCUCACCAAUGCCCCCGUAACUUUUCAAGCAGCUAUGACGACUGAGUUUCGCGACUUGCUCGAUCGCAGCGUCCUCAUCUACCUCGAUGACAUCUUGGUCUAUAGCAGGACGUUGGACGAGCACAUCACACACCUUCGUGCUGUUUUGAAUCGUUUGCGACUGGCCAAGUACAAAGCGAACCGCGACAAGUGCGAGUUCGCCAAGCAAGAGCUUGAGUAUUUGGGCCAUUAUGUUACGCCGGAAGGCAUUCGUCCCUUAGCGGACAAGAUCCAAGCCAUCGUGGAUUGGCCGGAACGCCGUUGCACGACGGAUGUACGCUCUUUCAUGGGGUUGGCUGGAUAUUAUCAGCGAUUCGUCGAGUCAUACUCGAAAGUGGCCGCUCAUUUGUCGAGACUCCAGUCCCCGAAGGUGCCCUUCGAGUUCGACGACGCAGCCCGCGGCGCGUUCACUACGUUGAAGGCAGCGAUGCAAGCCGCACCUGCCCUCCGUAUAUAUGACCCCACCCUACCCACCCAAGUGACCACGGACGGUUCGGGAUACGGGAUUGGUGCGGUGUUGGAACAGUGUCACGAGGACGGUUGGCAUCCGGUCGAGUAUUUCUCCCAAAAGGUGCCUCUUGUAAACACUCUCGAUGACGCUAGGAAGAAAGAGCUACUCGCGUUGGUCACCGUUCUCAAACGGUGGCGCCACUUUCUUCUCGGCCGUCGGCGUUUUAAAUGGAAUACGGACAACAAUCCGUUGACCUUUUACAAAACGCAGGAUACGGUCACUAGUACGAUCGGUCGAUGGAUGUAUUACAUCGACCAGUUCGAYUUUGACCCAUGUCACAUUCCUGGUCCCGCCAAUUGAGCUGCGGACGCCCUCUCACGACGGCCCGACUUUUGUGCCAUUGUGACCACGGCAGUCGACCUCGAUGACGAUCUGCAAUCGCAUUUCGUCAAAGGCUACAAGUACGAUCCGACUUACUUUACGCUUUACGCGGAACUUUCAUCGGAUCACCCGCCGGCUAGCCAUUAUCGGAUCUCCGACGGGUUCCUUCUCCUUCAUACGAGAGGAAAGGACUUGUUAGUUGUGCCCCAAGAUCGCAUCCUACGGACUCGUCUCCUCGGCGAAUUCCACGACGCACGACUUUCGGCACACCUUGGCGUGAACCGCACAUUAGCACGC